AUGUAGAGCUAGACGCGGCGCGCCGCUGUGACGCACAUGAUGGGCGCGCAGUGAUGACAUUCAGGCCUGCGCUACGUCCGGGCCGGGCUGUCGGUUAGAGUGGCGGGGUGCGGCGCCCACCAUGACCCAGCAGGGCGCUGCGCUGCAGAACUACAACAAUGAGCUGGUCAAGUGCAUCGAGGAGCUGUGUCAGAAGCGGGAGGAGCUGUGCCAGCAGAUCCAGCAGGAGGAGGAUGAAAAGCAGCGGCUGCAGAACGAGGUGAGGCAGUUGACUGAGAAGCUAGCCCGCGUCAACGAGAACCUGGCGCGCAAGAUCGCCUCUCGGAACGAGUUUGACCGCACCAUCGCGGAGACGGAGGCCGCCUACCUCAAGAUCCUGGAGAGCUCGCAGACUCUGCUUAGCGUCCUGAAAAGAGAGGCCGGGAACCUGGCGAAGGCUACAGCAUCAGACCAAAAGAGCAGUGGAGGCAAGGACAGCUGACAACGCUGGGUGGGCCAGGCCGGGCUGGCUGUGUCUGCUGUGCCUAUGAUGCCUCAGACUCCUGCACAUCUGUCUUGAAGCAUCUUUGUUCUUCAUGGUGGCAGUUCCCUUUUCACAUUUCAGAUGCCAAGAGUGGCAAAUGCAUCUCCAUAGCCCUUGGGUGACGAGAGCCCUUAGCACAGCCCAUGGCUGAAGUCCUCGUUCUCUACCCUCAUGGGGUAUGGGACAGUGGGCUCUACAUCAGCUCCACAUGGAGCCUCUGAGGACCUUUGGAGUGCCAGAGGGAUCUUGGUUCCAGUCUAGCCACAGCCUCGUGGGAGCCCUUCACUUUGUCCCCUCUCAGCUUGUGGGGGACCCAGGUUCAGACAAGUGAGAAAGGGUGCCUCCUCCAUCCUAGAUCCCAGAUCUCAGGGCCUGACCCCAUGGCCUAUGACUGUCAAUAAAGGUUGUCUUUACAAA